AGUACAGCUAUCAGUACAGCUAUGAGGGUCAGGCAAUAUAUUAACCUUUACUUAUCUAUAGUCAUGAUGCUGAACUCCUCAUCUCUGAGCCUUCUAUUGAACUACUCCUCUGCCUCGUCCACUUCCUCGUCCUGUCGUCUGCGGGAGCAUUUCAGUCUGAAUGGGAUGUACCAGAAGGGUGAUGUGAUUCUGGGAGGUCUGUUUGAGGUCCACUACUUCACUGUGUUCCCUGAACUGUCUUUCACAUCAGAACCCCAGCAGCUCUACUGUGAGGGUUUUACCAGUUGUGGUUUCCAGCAGGCCCAGACUAUGGCGUUUGCAGUAGAUGAAAUCAACAGAAACCCUGACCUUCUGCCAAACAUCAAGCUCGGAUACCAGCUCUACGACAACUGCCUGAAGCUGGGAGUAGCGCUCCGUGCUGCCAUGUCAUUGGCCAGUGGGACAGAGGAAGAGUUCCUAUUGUAUGAGACUUGUUCUGGGUCACCCCCGGUGCUAGGGAUUGUGGGAGACCCAGGGUCCACACACUCCAUCGCCAUCUCCAGUGUCCUAGGACUGUUCCGGGUUCCCAUGGUGAGUCACUACUCCACAUGUUCCUGUCUGAGCAACCGGGGAAAGUACCCAUCCUUCUUCAGAACCAUCCCCAGUGAUGCCUUCCAGGUGCGAGCCAUGAUCCAGAUCCUACGUCGGUUGGGUUGGACCUGGGUGGGACUGGUGUUCAGUGAUGAUGACUACGGAGUUCAAGCUGCCCGGUCCUUCCACUCAAGCCUGGCCGAGUCAGGGGGCUGUGUGGCCUAUUCCCAGGUCCUGCCCAAAGACAACCGCCCCACUGAGCUGCAGAGGAUUGUGGGAGAGAUCAAGAGCUCCUCUGCUCGUGUGGUGGUGGUGAUCUCCAACGAGGCCUACCUGCUCCCUCUGGUGGAUGAGGUGGUGGUGCAGAAUGUGAAGGGUCUCCAGUGGAUCGCCAGUGAAGCCUGGAGCACUUCCUCUGUGUUUCACACCCCCCGUCUCAUGCCCUACCUGGGGGGUACCCUGGGUAUCGCCAUCCGUCAUGGAGAGAUUCCCGGCCUCAGGGACUUCCUGCUUAGCAUCCGCCCCAACGACCAACCUGACAAUAACCCUGGAAACAACAUGGUGAGACAGUUCUGGGAGGCUGUGUUUGGGUGCAGGUUGGAGCCCCCAGCAGGUUGGGUGGAGGCUGGGGGUGAUGUAUGUACAGGUCAGGAGGACCUGAGGAAUGUGGAGACCAACUGUGGGGAUUUAUCUGAGCUCAGGCCGGAGUAUAACGUGUAUAAGGCAGUGUACGCCCUGGCCCAUGCCCUGCAUGACCUACUGCAGUGUGUGCCAGGGAGAGGACCUUUCAGUGGGAACCGCUGUGCCAGCCUACAGAGACUGGAGCACUGGCAGCUGGUCCAUUACCUGCAGAGGGUUAACUUCACCACAGGGUUUGGCGAUCGCGUUUCUUUCGAUGACAACGGGGACGCCUUGGCCAUCUAUGACAUCCUGAACUGGGUGUGGCUCCAGGACGGGAGCAUAGAGGUGGAGACUGUGGGUGUGAUUGACGAAUCAGCCCCCACAGGACAAGAGCUCACACUGGACGAGGACAGAAUUUUCUGGAAUUUUGAGUCAAAAAAGCCUCCACGAUCAGUAUGCAGUGAGAGCUGUCCCCCAGGCACCCGUGUAGCCAGGAAGAAGGGGGAGCCUGUCUGCUGCUUCGACUGCAUCUCCUGUGCUGAGGGAGAGGUCAGCAACACCACAGACUCUGCUGAGUGCUCGAGAUGUCCAGAGGACUUCUGGUCCAGCCCGGAGCGAGACCUCUGCAUCCCAAAGGGGGUUGAGUUCCUCUCCUACCAGGAAUCCCUGGGACUCUCCUUGAUGACCGCCUCGUUGCUAGGAGCCCUCAUCUGUGCAGUGGUCCUCGGAAUCUUCACCCGCUACCGGAACACGCCUGUUGUCAAGGCCAACAACUCUGAGCUGAGCUUCCUGCUUCUGCUUUCACUCAAACUCUGCUUCCUGUGCUCGCUGCUGUUCAUUGGCCGGCCCCGGCUGUGGACGUGUCAGCUGAGGCAUGCAGCAUUUGGUAUCAGCUUUGUUCUCUGUGUCUCCUGUAUACUGGUGAAGACAAUGGUGGUGCUGGCUGUGUUUAGGACCUCUAAGCCCGGGGGCAAUGCCAGCCUGAAGUGGUUUGGUGCUGGGCAGCAGAGAGGAACAGUCCUGGUUCUCACCUCAUUCCAGGCUGCUAUCUGCACAGCCUGGCUGGUUUCAGCCUCUCCAACUCCACACAAAAACACGCGCUACCAUAAUGAUAAGAUUGUAUAUGAGUGUGUGGUGGGGUCGGUAGCAGGGUUCGGAGCGUUGUUAGGCUACAUCGGCCUCCUGGCAUUCCUAAGCUUCCUCUUGGCUUUCCUGGCCAGGAAUCUUCCAGACAACUUCAACGAGGCCAAGUUCAUCACCUUCAGCAUGCUGAUCUUCUGUGCUGUGUGGAUCUCCUUCAUCCCUGCCUAUAUCAGCUCUCCUGGGAUGUACGCAGACGCUGUGGAGAUAUUCGCCAUCUUAGCUUCCAGCUUUGGCCUUCUGGUGGCGCUGUUCGGCCCAAAGUGUUACAUCAUCCUGCUGAGGCCAGAGAGGAACACCAAGAAGGCUCUGAUGGGCCGGGCCACAACCAAGACAUAGGGAGAAUCUCAAUUUAAUUUCCUUGAUUCCUCAUGUCCU